ACACACACACACACACACACACACACACUGUGAGACUUCGAUAGACAGAAACUGGAUGCUUUGGCAGCAGGGACACGGCACAACUUUAUUUCAAGAACAGAGGAACACACAAUGAAAAGUCAUUUAGUUGUACCUGCAUGUUUGCUGCUGCUUUGGACGCUGACAGCCCCUGUCAGUUGUAAUGAAGAUAAGAAAACUACAGCCACUGAGAUAAAAGUUGACAGUCUCCAUGAUCGGAUUAAGGUUUCCUGUGGUGUCACACCAUCAGAAAUGUCUUUGGAUUACAAGGAUGAGAACACCGGAGAGUAUGAAUGGUGCGGGGAAACAAUCUAUGUGAAAUUUCGGACCUGUGACAACUGCGUGGAGUUUGACAUGGCCACAAUAACGGGAUUAGCUAUAGGAGAAUUGGUGGCUACGAUCGUGAUAGGAGUGGCAGUCUAUAUCAUUGCAUCUAAGACUCAGAUUGGUCCAACUACCUCUGUCAAGAAAAGCUCUGACAGACAGCAUCUUGUUCCAAAUGCUGCCAGAGGGGGGGCAUCCAAUGAUCCUUACCAGGCUCUGAAACCUCGCCAGAGAGACACGUAUGAUGAGCUGAACCGCAGAAGAUAGAAGGGGCUGUGGUCAACCCCCCCCCCCCCGAUUAAAAGCUUACAUCUGCAGAAGGGAAAAGUAUUACCCUCAUGUAAUUUGCUCUGAAUGAUGCUGUUAUAGCUUUCCACUCAACAUUUAACUACGCCUGUAAGAUAUUGCUCUUUAUAGACCUGAAUGGCACUGUAUGUCUUAGGCAGGUGUUUAUCAGACUCUCUUCUUAUUUUGAUAAGAUUUUAAUUUAAAUAGUUUUUACGUUUUCCUCUCUCCAUACUGUAAGUACGGCUUGAACAUGUUCAUUGAAACAAAAGUGACAUUGCAAAAUAAAAAAAAAUUAAGAAGAAAA